AUGCACAAAUUUAUACCGCCGGGGCAUGGCAAGCACUUCGUUACGCUACCUGUGCUGUUGGUUGCGCAUUACAACUGGAGUUUGUUUUUUGCGUGUGACCGCGGCGAGAGGAUUGACAUGGUUCCAUUCGGGCCCAUAUGUGGUACGUGGAAGCUUUCCGAGAUAUAUAAGCUGCUUGCAAAUUUAAGGGCGCUGGUUGACUGGGUGGACGAGUGCUUCCGAGAGUGGAUGUCUCAUGGCUCAUCCCUGAAGCCCGAGCUCCACAAUUGA